ACGGGCAUCUUCCCACCGCGCUUCGCUUGAUAGCCGGUGGCGCGCCUGUGGUGGGUCCUGGCUCGGUGUGCAGGUUGCAGAGAUCCCGGCGGCCGUCAUGACCGAGGGCACGUGUCUGCGUCGUCGAGGGGGACCCUAUAAGACAGAGCCCGCCACUGACCUCAGCCGCUGGCGACUCAGCAAUGAGAGGGGAAGGCAGGUGUGGACUUAUUUGCAAGAAGAGGACCACCCCGGCCGCGGGCAGACUGCGCUGGAAGCUCACUCCGUGGGACUGGACACGGGGAGUUACUUUAAAGACUUGUCCAAAGCCCACACAGCCCAUGAGGGGGCUCUGAAUGGGAUGACAUUUUACAUGGGGCUGCAGGCCGAAGAUGGGCACUGGGCGGGUGAUUAUGGCGGCCCACUCUUCCUUCUGCCAGGCCUCCUGAUCACAUGCCACGCGGCGCGCAUCCCUCUGCCAGCUGGAUACAAAGAAGAGAUGGUGCGGUACCUGCGGUCGGUGCAGCUCCCGGACGGCGGCUGGGGCCUGCACGUUGAGGACAAGUCCACGGUGUUUGGGACUGCGCUCAACUAUGUGUCCCUGAGAAUCCUGGGUGUUGGGCCUGACGAUCCUGACCUGGUGCGAGCACGGAACCUUCUUCACAAGAAAGGUGGAGCUGUGGCCAUCCCCUCCUGGGGGAAAUUCUGGCUGGCUGUCCUGAACGUUUACAGCUGGGAAGGCCUCAACACCCUGUUCCCGGAGAUGUGGCUGUUUCCUGACUGGAUGCCGGCACACCCCUCCACACUCUGGUGCCACUGCCGUCAGGUCUACCUGCCCAUGAGCUACUGCUAUGCCACCCGGCUGAACGCUGAGGAGGACCCGCUGGUCCAGAGCCUGCGCCAGGAGCUCUAUGUGGAGGACUAUGCCAGCAUCAACUGGCCGGCGCAGAGGAACAACGUGGCCCCUGACGAUCUCUACACGCCGCACAGCUGGCUGCUCCGUGUAAUGUAUGUAAUCCUCAACCUGUACGAACGCCACCACAGCGCCAGCCUGCGGCAGCGGGCCGUCCGGAAGCUGUAUGAGCACAUUGUGGCCGAUGACCGCUUCACCAAGUGCAUCAGCAUUGGCCCGAUCUCAAAAACCAUCAACAUGCUCGUGCGCUGGCGCGUGGACGGGCCGGCCUCCUACGCUUUCCAGGAGCACGUCUCCAGGAUCCCCGACUACCUCUGGCUGGGCCUCGAUGGCAUGAAGAUGCAGGGCACCAAUGGCUCGCAGGUCUGGGACACCUCGUUCGCCAUCCAGGCAUUCCUGGAGGCAGGCGCACACCACAGGCCCGAGUUUUCCUCCUGCCUGCAGAAGGCGCACGAGUUCCUGCGGAUCUCACAGGUCCCAGAGAACCCGCCCGAUUACCAGAAGUACUACCGCCAGAUGAACAAGGGCGGCUUCCCCUUCAGUACUCUGGAUUGUGGCUGGAUCGUCGCCGACUGCACAGCUGAGGCCUUGAAGUCUAUCCUCCUCACGCAGGAAAAGUGUCCUUUUGUCACCACGCACGUCCCGCGAGAGCGGCUCUUCGAUGCUGUUGCUGUGUUGCUGAGCAUGAGAAACCCUGAUGGGGGGUUUGCCACCUACGAGACCAAGCGUGGAGGGUACCUGCUGGAGCUGCUUAACCCCUCGGAGGUCUUUGGGGACAUCAUGAUCGACUACUUGUAUGUGGAAUGCACCUCGGCCGUGAUGCAGGCGCUGAAGCAUUUCCACAAGCAGUUUCCGGAGCACAGGCCAGGGGAGAUCAGGGAGACCCUCGAGCAGGGCCUGGAGUUCUGUCGUCGGCAGCAGAGGGCUGACGGCUCCUGGGAAGGCUCCUGGGGGGUUUGCUUUACCUACGGCACCUGGUUCGGGCUGGAAGCUUUUGCCUGCAUGGGGCAGAUUUACCGCGAUGGGACUGCCUGUGCAGAGGUCACCCAGGCCUGCGACUUCCUGCUGUCCCAGCAGAUGGCGGACGGAGGCUGGGGCGAGGACUUCGAGUCCUGUGAGCAGCGGCGUUAUGUGCAGAGUGCCCAGUCCCAGAUCCAUAACACGUGCUGGGCCCUGAUGGGGCUGAUGGCCGUCAGGCAUCCUGAUGUAGAGGCCCUAGAGAGAGGAGUCAGAUGUCUGCUCAGAAAACAGCUCCCCAAUGGUGAUUGGCCCCAGGAAAACAUCUCCGGAGUCUUCAACAAGUCCUGCGCCAUCAGCUACACAAGCUACAGGAACGUCUUCCCCAUCUGGGCCCUCGGCCGCUUCUCCCGCCUGUACCCCGAAAGUGCCCUCGCUGGCCACCCUUGAGAGGGGGCCUAUGGGUGCCUGGCCGGUGGGUGGCGGGCACAGGCGUCCUGUGGGGAUGCUGAGUGAGAUUGGAGCAUCUUGCCGGGACAUGGGUGCCCUGUAGCCCUGCCCCUCACUCCCUCACUCCCUCACUCCCCACUUCUGGGGUGAGUCCAGGGACCAGGCCUGCCUAGGGGCAUGGCUGCGGGGCUGGGAGGGCUUUCUUGACCAAUAAUAGUUCUCAGCAGUUGUGCCUUAUCUGCCUCCUGCCCGGAGCGGGGCUCACCCCCUGGUGGUUCUUCCUGCGUCUCUUGCCUGUUGGACUGGGAGGUGAGAGUGGGGGCAGAGGGGCUGGGCCUGCCUCUUUACCAUGGCCACCCAGGGCUCAGUGAGGACAGGGACCAGACAUGCCAACACUGCCCCA